AUGCAAUCAGUUUCUAAGGAAAACAAAAACUUCAGAUUUAUUUUCACCGUUAUUUAUAUAUUUUCGCAAUACGCUUGGGCUUUUCCAAUUAAGACUAAAAGUAAAGAGGACAUUAAUUAUAACUGGAUAGGCUAUACUCUUAAUAAUGUUAUUUACGAAUACAAUCACACUUAUCAUCGAACUAAUGGUGAAAUUCCAGCCAAUGUUAAUAAUAAAAGUAAAAAACGAAUACUACAGAGAUACCUUAGAUUGGUAAAGAAAGAUUAUGUAAAACGUUUGUUUUCUAGUGAAAACAGUUGGAUCGAUAAGUCAAAUAUAUUGUAA